AUGACGAGCCAGCCGAGUGUGUCGGUCCAGGCAGCCUUUGGGCUCUUUGACGACGACAGCAGUGACGAUGAGACAGCAACGCCGCCGCUGGUGGCACCUCCCACAGAAGUGCACGUUAAUACGCGUGCUGAAUCCAGGCCGGCGGUCGCCACGAGAGAUGAGCAGGAAGCAGCAGCUCCAGUCCCACGCAGUUUGUACGAGACCUGGGACGAUGUCAAGCCGUUGGCAGUCGGGCCCAUUGAUCUGGUCACGAGCUUUGACAGUGUCGGUGGAUCACGCGGAUACGUGGCAUUGAGGGAUUUGGAUCCGGGUACACAAGUGCUCGUGGAGCAGGUGUACGUGCCCUGGCCGCGCGACGUGGAUGCAUCAGACCCCGAGUUCUUUCUGGCCACGAUGGAGUCCGUGCUGGUGCGGCCUGAUCAUGCCGACAUUAUGGACCGUUUGAGCAAUUUGUACCCUGAAGAUCUCAGCGAGCUGCCGGAAGAACUGCUCGCUGCAGCAAGGGAGAAGUACGGCUUGCAAGUGGACGCGUUGUGCUUGAACUUUGAUUCCUUAGCACUCUCGCGCGACCAAGUGCUGCAGAAUGUACUGGCUAUGCAGUGCAACGCCUUCGACAGCGGUAUCUUCCUGUACAGUGCUAUGUUCAAUCACGAGUGUAACCCGAACUGUGUCAAGUUUACGCCCGAAGGUCUGGGACCGAAAGGUGCCGUGUCGGAGGUGCGGGUGGCACGACCCAUUGCCAAGGGAGAGCAGCUUACGAUUUCUUAUCUAUAUCCGCGCGAACAGAGUCGCGACAACAGACUGAAGAACCUUUGGGAGCAAUUUGGCUUUGAAUGCAAGUGUGAGCUCUGCAAGCGAGGGGAUAGCGUAUUGCCCCCACCAUCCAGUGCUGCUCGUGGCAGUGGUGGCACGAAGCCGUGCAUGCAAGACUUGGAAAAGGUGCUAGCUGCUGCAGAGGAGGUGAUUCGAGCGAAGCCGAAAAGUGCUGCUGCUGCGUUAUCGGUAGCGCUGGAGGCACUCUCAGACGCGCUGGAAAUUGCAGCUCAUGAUCACCUGGUAUUUAUGCGCAUCCACAAGUUGGUAGCGGACUCGUGUGAUCUGCUUCUGCGCACGAAGUCUGAGCGACUUUGUGAGUACUCGAUUCUGUUCCUGCGCAGCAGUUACGAGCUGCUCGAGCUUCAGCGGACGUACCUGAACCCGGACCACAUCGAUCUCGCACGUACGUUGAAUGACGUAAGUCAGGGCAUCCAGCUGCUGUUGUCUUACGAUCCGACGGUGCUGCUCACGGAGUUCCCCGAAUGGAAAGACUUCCGCCAUGCAUCGGUCGUUGAGAACCAGUAUCGCCAAGAGUAUAAACGGCUGAAGCGAGUUUACGAAUAG